CUGAAACGUGUGAUAGCCGUCUUUUUCUCGAGGUGACGGAGCUGAGCAGACACGCGCUGCGUGCUGCUGCAGAGAUUUACUAAUCAUGGUGCUGUUGCACGUGUUAUUCGAGCAUGCGUCAGGUUAUGCGCUGUUUGCAGUCAAAGAGGUGGAGGAGAUCGGUAUGCUGCUGCCUCAGGUGGAGGAGAGCGUGCUGAGCAUUGGAAAGUUCAACAGCAUGGUGAGCCUGGCUGCCUUUUUCCCCUUCAAGUCGGCCCAGGCUGCUCUGGAGAACAUGAACGCCAUCUCUGAAGGUGUGGUUCAUGCUGACCUGAAGUUGUUCCUGGAGACAAACCUGUCGCUCUCUGGGAAGAAGAAAGCCAUGUUGGGGGUUUCAGAUGCAAAAGUUGGAGCAGCCUUGCAAGAGGAAUUUACGAUUUCCAUCCAGACCGGUGGGGUGGUGGCAGAGAUUACCAGAGGUGUACGUCUGCACUUCCACUCCCUGGUGAAGGGCCUGACUGCCCAGGCUGCCUCCAAGGCUCAGCUGGGUCUGGGUCACAGCUACUCCAGAGCUAAAGUAAAGUUCAACGUCAACAGGGUGGACAACAUGAUCAUCCAGUCCAUCGCUCUGUUGGAUCAGCUGGACAAAGACAUCAACACUUUCUCCAUGCGUGUUCGUGAAUGGUACGGCUACCACUUCCCAGAGCUGAUCAAGAUCGUGGCAGACAACUCGACGUACUGCCGCCUGGCUCAGCUCAUUGGAAACAGGAAGGAGCUAUCGGAGGAGAGUCUGGAGAGCCUGGAGGAAGUGGUGAUGGAUGCCGCCAAGGCUCAGGCCAUCCUGGAUGCAUCACGCUCCUCUAUGGGUAUGGACAUCUCUCCCAUUGACCUGAUCAACAUAGAGAGGUUCUCCAAUCGUGUAGUGUCUCUGGCUGCCUAUCGGCUGGAGUUGCAGGAGUACCUGCGUUCAAAGAUGAGCCAGGUAGCUCCAAAUCUCGCGGCCUUAAUCGGAGAAGUGGUGGGAGCUCGCCUGAUCUCCCAUGCUGGGAGUCUGACCAACCUGGCCAAGUACCCGGCCUCCACCGUUCAGAUCUUGGGAGCAGAGAAGGCCCUGUUCAGAGCCCUAAAGACUCGUGGCAACACCCCCAAGUACGGGCUCAUCUUCCACUCCACCUUCAUCGGACGUGCCGCCGCCAAGAACAAAGGCCGCAUCUCCAGAUACCUGGCCAACAAGUGCACCAUCGCCUCACGCAUCGACUGUUUCUCUGAGGUACCCACGAGCGUGUUUGGUGACAAGCUGCGCGAACAGGUGGAGGAGCGCUUGUCUUUCUAUGAGACGGGCGACGUGCCACGGAAAAAUGUGGAUGUCAUGAAAGAGGCUGUGAAAGAGGCUACUGAUGUUGCAGCUGAGAUCAAGCGCAAACUGGAGAAGAAGGAAAAGAAACGCAAAAAGCGCGAAAAGAAGUUGCAAGAGGAAAACGGUGAAGCCAACGGUGAAGUUGAGGUAGAGAAUGGAGAAGCAGAGGUCACUGUAGUAAAGAAGAAAAAGAAAAAACAAGCAGCCGAGGAGAAUGAGGCAGAGAUGGAGGAGGCCCCUGCUGCAGAGAACGGAGCAGCGGACACUCCAGCCAAGAAGAAAAAGAAACGAAAAGCCGAAGCCGAGGUGGAGGUCAAGGCAGAAGAAGCUGCUGCCACAGAUAACGGAGCAGAGGAAACAGAAACUCCUGCCAAGAAGAAAAAGAAACGAAAGACUGAGGGAGCAGAGCCAGCAGAGGAGACCCCAGAAACACCUGUGUCUGAGAAGAAAAAGAAAAAGAAGAAAAAAGAGGCUGCAGACUAGACACUGUGGUCAAAGACUGAAUCUUUAUAUCCGUGUACAGUUUCUUUUUAUUCACUUUACUUUUAAUCCGAAGCUAGAUUAUGUAAGCAGCUUUAUGUUAUACCGUCUUUUUUUGGAAACCUCAAAGCAGGUUAGGCUGCAAAGAAAUGCUUAUGACUGUGCCUUGAAGUCAGUGACAUUUACUUGUAAUUCUGUAAAUAGCUAUGAAUUAAACUUUUGUCAAGUAAAAACA